UCUGCGCGUCUAAACAGUGAGGAGGUUCGAGGUACAUACGAGUUUCAAGGGUUCCCACGGAUUAUGUUAGCCCCCGUCGCCGCCUGUUUGGCGCUGCUGGCCGUGAUAAGCCAGAAGCAGAUGCUGCUCCAGGCCGCCCCAGCACCGUUUCCAGCAAUUGAGAAUGCUGCCUUCACCAGUCAAGAUUUAUUGGCCGAGGAAUCGGCAGCCGUGGCCUGGCAGCAAGAAGUUGCGCCCGCCCUGAGCCAUGUCUGGCACAAGCGACAUCGGCGACACCACGGAGAUAGCAGUAGCCACAGACACCAUCACCACAAGCGACACUGGGAUCACCAUUUCGCCGGACCGAGCUGCCACCACGGUAGCCACGAGCGCUUUGGUCCGGACCAUCACCAUGGACCACCGCAAAGCUUCGAUGCGUAUCCGAACGGCUUUGGGCCGUUCCCUGGCUUUGGUCCGCCCAGACACGACAUUCAGCAGCGUCCCUUUCAGGCCGAACUGGAGCCCUUUAAGGACAAUAAUGGUGACUUCCGGCCAGGUCCCAGUCAGACACGCACCAGCAGCGUAGCUCCCCCGAAAGCUGCGACGGCAACAUCCACAACGACAACCACUGUAGCGCCUCCCUUGAGCAGCAGCACAGAAGACAGCACUUUGGCCAUUGACAUACGCAUUGGCUAGCUAUUGUGCAUAUGUAUACUCGUACCUAGACCUAAGACCUCAUUCUGCUUUAUCUACAUAUUGCCUGGUAUUAAAGCUGCUGCCUUAACCACAA